GCGUCGCCCUCGAGGGGGACUCGACCAGGGCUGGUGGUGGCGCCCGACGGGACUGGCUGGGCAUUUGCAGAUGGCGCGCAGUCCAGGCCGCCGCCGAUGUGUUCAUCCCGUUUUGUCAGUAUCGAUCGGAUCUUUCGGGCGUGGGUAUAAAAGGCGCGCCGCCCGCCGUCUCCCUCUUUCUCCAGCACUCCCAUCCAGAGCACUUCCCUCUCCCAUCGCAUCCCAUCACACAAUAAUGGCCGUGAAGGUUGGAAUUAACGGGUUCGGUCGCAUUGGCCGUAUCGUUCUCCGUAAUGCCCUUCAGCUGGGCAACAUCGAGGUCGUCGCCAUCAACGACCCGUUCAUCGCCCUUGACUACAUGGUCUACAUGUUCAAGUACGACACCGUCCACGGCCGCUACAAGGGCACCGUCGAGGUGAAGGACGGCAAGCUCGUCGUCGACGGCCAUGCCAUCACCGUCUUCGCUGAGAAGAACCCCGCCGACAUCAAGUGGGGCUCUGCUGGCGCCGACUACAUCGUCGAGUCCACCGGUGUCUUCACCACCGUCGAGAAGGCGUCCCUGCACUUGCAGGGCGGCGCGAAGAAGGUCGUCAUCUCGGCGCCCUCCGCCGACGCCCCGAUGUUCGUCGUCGGCGUCAACCUCGACAAGUACGACUCGAAGUACCAGGUCAUCUCGAACGCGUCCUGCACGACCAACUGCCUGGCGCCGCUCGCGAAGGUCAUCCACGACAAGUACGGCAUCGCGGAGGGUCUCAUGACCACCGUGCACGCCACGACCGCGACCCAGAAGACCGUCGACGGCCCGUCGCACAAGGACUGGCGCGGUGGCCGCUCGGUCAACAACAACAUCAUCCCCUCGUCGACUGGUGCCGCUAAGGCCGUCGGCAAGGUCAUCCCCUCGCUCAACGGGCGCCUCACCGGCCUCGCCUUCCGUGUCCCGACCCUCGACGUCUCCGUCGUCGACCUCGUCGUCCGCCUCGAGAAGGAGGCGUCGUACGACGAGAUCGUCGCGACCGUCAAGGAGGCGUCCGAGGGCCCGCUCAAGGGCAUCCUCGGCUUCACCGACGAGUCCGUCGUCUCGACCGACUUCACCGGCGCGAACGAGUCGUCCAUCUUCGACUCCAAGGCCGGCAUCGCGAUCAGCAAGAGCUUCGUGAAGCUCAUUGCCUGGUACGACAACGAGUGGGGCUACUCCCGCCGUGUCUGCGACCUGCUCGUCUACGCGGCGAAGCAGGACGGCGCGCUCUAAGCGGCGAAGCAAGACGGCGCGCUCUAAGUGCCUGAUCCUUUGGACGCUUGUACUUUACCUCUACAUAGACUGGGCCGGAGAGUAAAAGAAGAAAGGAAUGUAACGUUGUACAACAUGUCUAAUAAUUGUACGAUCCCAAAAAUGAUAGAAUGGAUGGUUUGAAAGUCGUGCAUGUAUGCGAUAGGGGCCACCUCGAAGGAAUUUCGCGGGCGUACGGCCAGAACCUCUUUGGAGCAAGCUUCGACAAACAGUAAAUAUGCCCAAGAAUGGGCACAAUAACACUUGC